CAUUUGGAUGUAAAGACAGGAUCAGGUCACACCCACCGUGACACACAGCCGCCCUCCACUUCCUCAUUCAGUCCAAACGCUCGAUCUCUAUUCACCACAUCAUACACACACAUCCAAGUGUCAGAGAUGAGUUAUCCUGGAUACCCUCCUGCAGGUGGAAGCUACCCGCCCGCCUCCGGCCCGUAUCAGCAGGCCCCGGGCGGAUACCCACCCCAACCGGGAGCUUAUCCUCCCCAGGGCGGAUACUACCCACCCCAGCCCGGAGCGUAUCCCCCCGGAGCAGGAUACCCACCCCAGGCCGGCGGAUACCCUCCUCAGGCUGGCGGAUACCCAGCUGCCCCGGGAGGAGGCUUCCCGCCACAGGCAGGAGGUUACCCCGCCGCCCAGCCCGGGACCUACCCUAACAUGCCCCCUGCAGGCCAGCCCGGUGGAUGGGGUGCCCAACCUGGCUUUGGAGCUCCAGGUGGAGGAAUGCCUCAGGGGUACCCCGGGGGCCCGGCGCCGGGACAGCAGCCCAUGCCAGCCUACCCGGGUGCCCCGAACCCGUCAAUGCCCGGGUAUGGAGGGGGCGUCCCGACCGGACCGACACCACCAGCCGCUCCUGCAGUCAAUAGAGGUUACCGCGGUACCAUUAAGGACGCUCCUGGUGCCGAUCCUCUCAGAGACGUCGAGGUGUUACGGAAAGCCAUGAAGGGCUUUGGAACCGAUGAAAAUGCCAUUAUCGAGCUUCUCGGCAAUCGAUCCAACAAGCAGCGUGUGCCGUUGUUGGCUGCGUAUAAAACCACCUAUGGCAAGGAUCUGGUGCAUGACCUGAAGUCAGAGCUGACAGGAAACUUUGAAAAUUUGGUGUUGGCCAUGCUGAAGUCUCCUUCGCAAUUCGAUGCCUCUGAACUCAGAGAGGCCAUAGCGGGUGCAGGAACCGAUGAGGCCUGUCUCAUAGAGAUUCUGUCCUCUCGUAAUAAUGCUGAGAUUCGGGAGAUUACUAGGAUCUAUAAGGCAGAGCAUGGCAAAUCUCUGGAGGACGCCAUCAUCAGUGACACGUCUGGACACUUCCGCCGUCUGCUCGUCUCUCUGUCUCAGGGUAAUCGAGAUGAGAGAGAGACUGUGGACAUUUCUUUGGCUAAACAGGAUGCCCAGAAACUCUACGCUGCAGGAGCGAAUAAAGUCGGCACGGAUGAGUCUCAGUUUAAUGCGAUUCUGUGCGCUCGCAGUAAACCUCAUCUGAGACAAGUGUUUAAUGAGUACCAGCAGAUGUGCGGCAAAGACAUUGAGAAGAGCAUCUGCAGUGAGAUGUCUGGAAACUUGGAGUCUGGAAUGGUGGCAGUGGUGAAGUGCAUUAAAAACACUCCUGCCUACUUUGCUGAACGUCUCCACAAGGCCAUGCAGGGUGCAGGAACCAAAGACAGGACUCUGAUCCGCAUCAUGGUGUCCCGCUCUGAGGUGGACAUGCUGGAUAUCAGGCAGGAGUAUCUGCGUCUGUACGGGAAGUCGCUGUACACUGCCAUCUCUGGAGACACGUCUGGCGAUUACAAGAAACUGCUCCUGAAGCUGUGCGGAGGAAGUGACUAAAGAACCAGGAAGGCUGACGUGUUACCAUGACGACUGGAUAUGUGACGUCAUCAUUUUAAUCAUGCUCGUAUAUCAAUAUGUCACAGAUAAUCUCACUAGUGUCAUGUUAACUAAUACUGUAAUCUCUCUACAUAGCUUUAAGUUCACAGCCAAAAUAGCAUUUCGUUUGUGCCUUAGAGACAUUAUUAUUAUAGUACAGUUCAAUAUUUGUUAUAUUUUGUUAUCUAAUCAGACUAUGCAUGAUAUCUGGAGAAUCUAUAUUUUGUACAGUGUCUUCAGUACCUGAUGCCAAACUUUGCUGUCGUUCGCAUCCAAAAAAUACAAUCUGUUCUUUAUCGCUGAAAUCUGAAAUGCCUUGGACGUCUGAGUCUCUUGAAGUACUGAAAUAUAUGCCAUAGUUUAUAUAUAGUGAGCUUUAUGAUCUCUAUGCAAAAAGAAUAUAAAAUUACGCCAAUCAUCAUGAAGGUCUUGAUGGGUCAGUCUCAUGAAAAUGUGUCCUAUUUCACUCCAAAAUCAAAACAGAAAACAAGACAUUAGCUUUGCUUAAAGAAAGUCAAGCCUGUUUUAGGAACACUGAGAUCUGUUUAUCACACUCUUUCAUGAUAAUUAGAUACUUUUUCUCCUAAAUUUCCUGUAAUGCAUCAUUUAUGUUAUGUUUUUUGUAAUUUUCUUUUUUCUAAAUUCUAAAAGUGAUUCUUAAUACUGUUGUUAAUAUUUUGUACAACAAAUACUAACAUUUCUCCUUAUAAAUGUAAACAAUUUUAAAUAAUAUUUUUGCAUGCAUAUUUGUGACUCUAAAAAAACUUGAUUUUUCUUUCAUGCAAAAUUUCUUUUAUUUGAGUUUGGUGUGAAAUGUGCUCGAUUUUGUGAGAUUGACCCCGUUUGUUGUCAUCGCCCAUGACUAGCAUGAAUGUGAAUCGCUGCAGCAGUAGAGGGCAGUAAAGUCAGCAAUCUUCCAUCCUGAUAAUCACUAGUUAAGCGGGAGAUUCUGACCUGUUUAUUAACAUGAAGACUACUCUUUUUCAGGGAUUUCUAGUCUGUGUUUAUAGUAUCUUCGCUAAAUCAAACUAAUCUGUACUGUUGUGUUUAGUAACACCUGUGUCUGGUUAAUAAAAACACUUCAUGAAUGAA